CAAUAAAAUUUAUGAAUUAUAAUCUCAAAACUUUCGACACCAUUAAAUGGUUACGGAAUCGCUACAAGGCUAGAGUUAAGGAUAAAUACAUUCUCUAUGAAUCAGAACUCAGAGAAUAAAAUAUGAUGAAAGCCGUCUUUAACUCCAUAGACCGAGAUAAAUCAAGUAUGAAGUAUCUCAUAACACUCAUUAGAAUUUCUAGAUCGAUCUGAAUUGUAUGAUAUGUUCAUUAAAUACGGAAUAAACAUCACCAAAUCCAAACUGAAAGAAUUCUUCAAGAGCAUUGACGAAGAUGAAGAUGGUAUCAAUUUAUUAUCAACACACCUUUAGAUAAAUUGAAUUGGACCGAUUUCAAACAAGCUCUCCAAAAUCAAGAAGCCUUGAACAGUAUCAUUAUUUUCACAAUUCAAUAGUGUUUGUUUAAUUAAUGAAGAAAAUUAGGGAGGAUUAUGAAAUCAAUCAAUGUGACCCUUCACAACAAUUAACAUUUGUUCCUUUAAGCUUUCCUCAAAUGAUACAAUAUAUGAAUUAUUGCGUGUUGAGAGAAGAGAUUAUUGAUAAGAUAGAAUCUGAUAAUAUCAAUAAUUAUUAAAAGCAUAAAUAAUGCGUUAAUCUUCUUACAUUAGAGGAUAGUUGCUACAGAAAUAUUAAGUCUGACUAGAAUGAGGAAGAGAGUGAAAUUGAUCAAAUAAAGAACAUUUAGAAAAUGGAUCAUGCACAACUAUUGUAAAUGAAAAGAUUCCAAGAAAGAGAACUCAAAUUUAAGAGAUUAGUAAGAUUUUUUAAUUUCAUAAAAGGAAAAAGUCAAAGACAUAAGCAAACGAAAAUUUUACACAAAUCCAACCCAAGACUUAGGUGUAACUGACACUGUAAGAUUGUAAAUCAUUCAACUUAUAUAUAAAUAUAUAGAUCGGAUAUUACGCAACUAAGAACUAAUCUCACUUAAGAAAUUACUAGAACUAGAAACAAUAUUGAUAAAUUUUUAGCUAUUCUCAAUAAUGAAAAAUUGAAAUAGCAAAAAUCAAGGCAAGCCUCUCGAGUCUCCUCCAGAUAAAAAUCAAGAGACAAGAAAACUACCAUUUUUAAAAAGAAUACAGUGCUCAUCGAAGCAGAAAAAGAAUUGUUGAAUUCAUCAGCUCCAGAGCAAACCAAAUUCAAAGAGCUACACUAUGGCUCUAUUCAUAGGAGAAUAGUAUCUAUUAUACAUAAAUCCCACUUAGUACCCAAGAGAAAGGAUGCUGUCAUUAGGUAUGAAAUAAAAAUGAAACC